AUGAAGCUCAGACGCUCGAAGAAGCCCCCACAGCCGAUGCAGGCCCAUCGUUUAGAGCAACAAGUCACUGAGAUUCUCAGUCUAAUAAUCUCCAAACUACGUUGCCAGAGUAUCCAGGACGUCGCAAAUCUCUGUUUGAAUCCACGCCAAUUCUACCUUCUCGCUGUUCCCCACCUCUACCAAAAGAUUACCCUAGACUUAGAUCGAGCCUCACACCUUCGCUUACUCCAAAGGCUUGAACGACCGGGAUCUUAUAUACCACACAUGAUUAGACAUCUUCAUGUGUGUCUGGAGGGAAAGCAUGCAGAGCAUAUGCACAGGAUCGAGAAAGUGUUCGCUGGAUUGACUAACCUGGUAGAAUUGGAGUGGGAAAGGCCAUUCAACGUGCCGGUCCACUUGCUCGAUGCGCUUUACUCGCGCUUUCCAAGGGCUCGAUUCUCUAUAGAGUCGAGUCGAGUGGCGUACAAGAGCAGCGAAACUGGCAUUUCGCCGCUAUGGGGUAUGGAUCUCUGGAAAAAGCACCCCGCAGCCUCCAUGAUCACUCACCUGCGCAUCACUCUGGACGAAAAGUCCGCAAUGUGGCCCGGCUUCAAGAAAGGGUUGGUUCGUAUGAUUGUCAGAGAUCCUGUUCUUGAAUCCCUUCAACUUGAGGCGAACGAAGUGAUCGAUAACCACUCUAACUCGACGGUGGAUCUCAUGAAAGGGCAUGUUCUGCCCAAGUUAAGAGCUUUAGGCCUGUUCGUAGGGAACUCGCCCAUUUUUACACAAGACGAACUACUAUUUUGGGGCGACCAAGCAGGCUGA